AUGGAAUUACCUCAAAUAGGUGCCCGUAUUAGCCUCUCCGGACACAUAGGAAGCAUCCGUUUCGUCGGACCUGUCCACGGCACAAAAGGUACGUGGCUGGGUAUCGAAUGGGAUAACCCGGAGCGCGGAAAACACGAUGGUGUUAGAGAUGGGACGCGAUACUUCUUAUGUCGGGUACCUAAUUCUGGCUCGUUCAUCUGCCCAUCAUCAAAUGUAUCAUACGGGCGAUCUUUCUUGGAGUCACUGCAGUCCAAGUAUAUUGAACUCCCACACGGAUCUGAGUCCACGGAGAAAGUGAUUCUUGGCUCAUCUCACGGGGCUAUCGAGAUAGAAGCUGUAAAUCUCGAUAAAAUUAGGCAAAAGUUCUCGAACCUGGAGAGACUCCGGGAAAUCAGCCUUGACAAUGAACUUGUCUGCAAGGGCGACGAACCCGGCGUCAUCAAUAAGACUUGCCCCAACGUGCGCGGGCUAGAUCUUUCGAUGAGCCUUAUUCCCUCUUGGGACGUGGUUGCCAGCGUUACUACAGAGCUCCCAGCGCUUACAAGACUGGUCCUGAAUCGGAACCGACUUGACAGCCCGAGAGAUACCGCCAAAAUGUCGCCAGCCUUCAUGAGAGUGACAGAUCUCCAACUGAAUGACACGCUCACAUCCUGGAAUCAAUUGCUCGAGAUCAUCCGCUUUAUGCCGAGACUCCAGCAGGUUGAGAUGGGCUACAACCGUCUCAAGCGUCUCUCCAAGGGCCUGGGAACUGUUUCUCCCACUGCCACAAUACAGAGUAUCAAUCUCGAUAGCAAUUCAUUAAGCGACUGGAUUCAUAUCAUGGAAUCCCUUGGCUCUUCGUGUACUUUAUUGACCACCGUCAUCCUAACUUCGAAUGAUAUCAAGGAAAUACCGUUCCCCACUGAGCAUCAAUCUCGAUUACCAGCGAUCAGAUCUGUUUCAUUGUCUGCAAAUGGACUGAGGUCAUGGCGAGAUAUUGACGCGCUCGCCGCUUGGUGUCCCGGCCUAGAGACGCUGUACAUACGCGGUAACCCGCUCGUUCAAGAAACCGAUCAGGCAAGGUACUCCCGUCAAUUCAUCAUCGCAAAGAUCCCUUCCCUCGUGGCUUUGGAUGCAACGGCGAUAUCCUCUAAGGAACGGACUGAUUGCGAGCUCUUUUACUUGUCGCAUAUUUCGCACGAUGACGCAGGCUCCGAGGAAGAGCUCAUCAGAAAGCAUCCUCAAUGGAAUAAUCUUCGAGCUAGUACCCCAUCGACUUCAUCAGAACAUGGUUUACUGGGAGAGGCACCAACACAGCCUCAGGACAAGACUGACCGCUUGAGAAAACAUCUGAUAGAACUGAAUGCCUAUCGAACCAUGAGUCCAACCAUCGACCUCGCCCAACUACUCGAGACUCAGCCCAUGAAGAUCAAAGUUUUGCCAUCCAUGGCGCUUCGCAUCCUACGGCAAAAGCUGUGCAGAUGUUGCCAUAUGGAUGAUAUGCGAGAUAACUCCGUCGUGGAACUCGAAGUCGACCGCGACAAGCAGGACAUUGCUUGGUUGGGAUUCGACCAUGGCUCGUCCAUUGUGUUUUACAUCAACGUAUCGUAG